AUGAACCCGAAUCCACUCGCCCUCCUCCUUCUCCUCGUGGCUUUCGCUCUGGUGGACGCCUACUACACCCUCACUGUCUUCGCGCCAAAGGUCCCUCAGAUCCACGCUCGUGUCAUCAAUGCGAGGAAUAGGGCCUUCAUCAUUGGCGCUUCGCAGCCCAGCACCUUUUGCGGUCUCGACAAUGCCACUGAGUGUCCCGAUGGAACGUCUACACAAGUCAACGAAAACAUGACGGGCCUUGCAGCUGCAGUUCCAGGUGGCCAAUUCAUUUUUGUCGCGCCCGACGGCAUGAUCUCGUAUCCAUCCCCGCACUCAGCUCUUCGGCCGCCAGGCUCCCAAAUGGGUGGCUUUCAUCCUGCGCACGUCGUCUCGGAUUGCAAGAUGCCCGUCACGAUACUCAUGUGGUCGCCCGAGAACGGUAGCCCGGGGCUCUGGGCUUGUCCGACAGCCCGAAACGUGCCUGUCAGCAAGGAAGCUGUCCUCAAGGCGACCACGGGCCUGUUCAAAGGGAAGGGAUGCUUGAAAGUCGAGGGUGUCGAGAUCCGGACUGCGGGGGACAAGUUUGCGGCGUGGGCUUAUACAUAA